UUACUAAAAGCAGACCGUCCGCCUUCCGCAAAGAAGAAUCCCUUUGCUUCUUAAAAGGAGGCUGCCACUCUGCAAAAUCACCGCAUCUUUGCUCCACGGCUGCAUCGCCCAGACCAUAAUGGCCAGCAAACAUGAAGAUGAUCCAAAUGAACCAGUAAAUGAACAAGCAGUUGCAAAUAAGUAUGCUGCCAUGAGGUCUGAACUCAAUCAAAUUUACUCGAAAAUCACUGAAUUAGAGAUGGAAGCGAGUGAGCACUCAUUGGUAAUCAAUGCUAUUGAGCCGCUUGACCCAUCGAGGCGGUGCUACCGGAUGAUUGGAGGUGUUCUGGUGGAGAGAACCAUCAAAGAAGUGUUGCCUGCCGUCCACCGGAAUAAAGAGGGGCUUGAGGAGGUUAUUGCUAGGCUCAAUGAGGCCUUGGAAAAGAAGAAAAAGGAUAUUGCUGAGUUGGAGACCAAGUACAAAAUUAGGAUCAGAAAGAACGAUGGUGAGAUGAAGGAUGAUGGUAUCGAGAAGGGAGGUUCUUCCCAGGGAGUCCUGGUUGGCCCUGCGAGUGGAAGUGAAUGACGGGUGUUGUAAUGUUUGCUCCUUAAUUUUCUCGAACUAGUUGCGUACAUUUUUUACUAAUAGCUUUCAUCUGGGUAUUGAAGACUGGGUGUAGGCUGAUGGUAGAUGCUGAAUCUGAUUUUGUAAUUUUGUGCGACGAAGGUGCAUCAUCUGGCUUGCCAUUCAUACAAAUGGUACCAUGUAAUUGUUGAGCAUGAGCAUGAGCAUGAGCAUCUUUUAUAAUUAGCUUUGUUGGUUUAU